AUGGCGAAAAGCACAGAUGCGGAGUUCAACAAGCAGGACACCAAUACAGACGAUAUUCGCCAAAGCCGUGACACCGACAAAUCGUACGCUAGUCGUUCUGAUCAGUUGUCGAUUCCAGUAACAAAGAAUGAGACCUCGGUUCAGCGACCGAACGAUGCACGGAAAGCCCUGAGUUCAUUUCGACUAGCUGCCGUCCUCUCUAACAUUGCCCGGAAGGAUCAUCCGGUGCAUCCUCAGUCACGAACGACUGGCCGUCACUUUAGCACAGGCGCACCUGUGAGUGCCGGAAUUUGCCGCGAGUUCAAGAUGACCCAGUAA